AUGGUUGUCUACUACCAGAUUGCCGGCAAGCAGGUCGGCUCCCACGUCCUCGCCAUGGGCGUCAUGGGCACCCUGUUCGGUGGUAUCUACCUCUCCACUCGCGGUGGUGGUCAGAAGAAGCAGGCUACUCCUCCCAUUCAGGCCUCUUCCAAGGACGAGGAGAAGUUCAUCCAGUAUGUUUGCGUCCACUCUACACAUAUGUUGUUCAACGUUGCUGUUCCAAUGACCCGCAACGAUCUCCAAUGGCUUCGAUGGCCUUCAAUGGCAUGCCGACUCUCCACACUAUCAUUUGAAUCGCCGACACAGCAAGCUGCUUGCGACAGGGGCUAA